AUGGCAUUAGCUGAUAGACGUCCAAUGGCUUUGCCAACUACAGCCUCACCAAUCUCACCAUCAUUCAAUCCAAACACUUUAGGAGUUUCAUCAAAAUCUAGAAACAAUAGUUUACCUUUAAAACCAACUGAGGAAGAAAAUUUAGAUGAAACUGAACAAACUGAACAAGCAGAUGUAGAUCUAGAAGAAGCAACUGAGAAUAGAAAUGAAGCUAACGAGGAAGAAGAAGAUGAGGAUGAGGAUGACAAACAGUCAAUCUCAUCAGAAUUGGAGAAAAUGGAGAUUCAAAAUGAAAAUGAUCUAGAAAAUUCAUCAACUUCAAGAAGUGCUUCUCCAGAUUCAAUUUUAGAUAAAAAUAAAUCUGCUACAAGAGAAUCUACACCUCCAACUACAAUUUCAACUCCACCAUCUUCUCAAGGUGAUACAGGUAAUGGAUCAACCAGUAAAGAUAAAAAAGAAAAGGUUAAAAAACCAAAACCAAUUUCAAGAGCUCCUAUUGCAACAGGUAUUUCUACUGCUAUUCCAGUUACUGGUGAAAAACCAAAACCAGAACAAAAAGGUGAUGCUUCACUAGAAGAUGAUGUAUUGUUUGCCAUAUUUGUUAUCUUAUAUGAGAGAGAUCCAGAAGGUCAAGGUUUUACUGUUAAACAAAUUUGUGAUAUAUUAGUUGAAGAACAUCCACUGAUUGCUCAAUUAUCAACUAAAACUUCAAAUUUGGUUAGUGCUAAAUUAAAUGCUUAUGUUAAAAGAGUAGAAAAAGGAGAUACUAGUUUAAAAUAUGCUAUAUCAAGAGAUUGGGCUGAUGCUUCGCCAAAAAGAAUGGUUUAUGUUUAUCGUGGUAUAUUAGCUCCAGGAUUUGAAAUUGUAGCUAAAAAAUUAAUGGAUGAAAUUAAACAACAAAGAGGUGAAGAACAAGCUCAACUUCAAGCAGAAGCAGAAGCACAAGCAGAUUCUCAAUUAGAUGGUAAAUCAAAUGAUGAAAAAUCAUCGGUUGCUACUUCACCAAAGUCAUCAAGUAAAAAAAUUUUAAAAGAUUUACCACUUUCAAAUUCAUUAACUGAUGAUUCAUUGGAAUUAGGUAAACAAGCAUCAUUGGCCAAACCAAGAAGACAAACAAUGUAUGAUUUAGGUAUUACAAAACAUUCAUUUUUUGAAACUGGAGGUCCGGGUUUUGAUAAAUCUAAUUUAUUUGUUCCAUAUUCUUCAGCUCCUGUUACUGCUGCUUUAAAUGAAGUUUCUACAACAGAUUCGUUUAAAGAUCCAUUAGAUAUGGAAUUGGAUGAUGAAGAAUUUGAAGGAGUUUUUGCAGAUAGUGAUCAAGAUGAAGAUAUUGAUGAUUCAAAUUUAAUAGAAACUAUUCGUAAAAAUGGUAAAAGAUCAAAAUCAAUGUCUUAUUUGUCAAUGACUAAAAAGACUAAAGUUUUAACUGCUGCUGCUGCUGCUCCAAGAGCUUCACGUGCUCCUAGUUCACAUAGUCCAAAUGCUGCUGCUGCUGCUGCUGCUUUACAUGCUGCAGCAUUAAGAGCUAUUUCCAGAAGUACACCAACUUCAAAAGAUACAGACACUAAUAAAAAAUGGUUAAAUGUCAUUAGAUCUGGAUUUUUAAGUCAAGAUAUUGGAACUCCUGAAGAUACUAAAUUAUCUGAUCUUGAUAAAUUUUUUGCUUAA